AUGACGGUUUUCGCUCCUCUCGAAACUGAAUAUAUCGUUCUUCGCAUUGAUCCCGUAGCUGUGGCGGAAAUACUGGAGGACCCAAUUCUCCUGGAUGCAGCCAAAUCCUUGACUCCGAAAUCGUAUCUCGCCUACGUUGCUAAAUCCACUCCGUACAAAGUGCUCACGACAUCAAAGGUCCUGGAUUUCCCCAUGCCGAACAAACCGGCUCGUGAAAUUCGUGUUCAGUUUGUUGGUCAGGGCCUCCCGACACGAUUUCCUCGUGAUAAUGUGGAUGAAACAAUGUGCAUCCCGAUACUGCCCGAGACCAAACAUCCUCUGCGACGUAGGCCGCUCAAGCCGCAACCUACGUUUCCCUUUGCCAACUGCUAUCACUACUUCUGUCUUGAUCACUCUGUCUGCGUACCGGUACAACCAUUCGAACCGGAUCAGGCAACAUCCCUACCUGACAAGGAGAUGAUCCGUUGCCAAAAGUAUAUGGAAGAGGAUAUAUACAGGCUUUACCGCGGGAGGGAAGCCAGAGUCGAACAUGGAUCUGUGGAUUCAGACUCGUGCGAAAGCGACUUUCCCAGCCCCAGCCAGCAAAAAACACUCUCCGGUCGCAGUUCGGUCGCUAGCUCACAAGAGUAUUCUAGUAGUGUGUCCUCCAGUCUUCCCCCGGAACCUAAUGCGCCAUCUCCUCACUGCAAUGAAGCUCAUAGUACUUCGAAGGCUUACGGUGUCGACGUACUCGCCGAUACUUAUGUUGUGGCUACAUCGCGCGAGCCGUAUGUGCGCUCUACGCAUCCGUAUCCGAGGGAUAUCGACGCCGAGAAGCAGUUUUUGCGCGAUAAAGUCUUCGGACAGUCAGACGGCGACAAGAUCAAACUCGCUCCUCUUGUGUACGUAUCAUUAGACCUGUCUGAGCUGAAGGAGAUUCCCGAUCCAAACGGGUUUAGAGAUGAAGUGGAGGAGCUGCUCAAGCUGAUAAAGGAGUCUCGUGAACGGGAAGCUCGCGCGUCUGAGAUGCAGGCAAUGGAGCAUGCAGCGGGAAGCUCGCAUAGCUCAUGGAUCGACUUAGGUGAUAUGAUUGAUAUCGAUCGUGCUGAUGCGUUUGGCACUCAAUGGCAGCCACAACCUCGAUGGUACAGAAGAUGCUGUGCUGCACUCAUGCGGAUGCUGAAGAUGAAGCGCAUAACUAUAUCGCAGUACGUAGUACGCACUACGCGUGCGGUCCGGAGACGCCUGUCUCGUCGAGAAAAUUCGCAGUAA